AUGGCAACGAGUAGUCUUACCAACGAUGUCAUAGAAAGUUCAAAUCCAAUUACACAUGAAUCACAAAUAAUGGCAUCAACAGAAAUAACAAAUUCUUAUGUUCGAUGUGUUCCAUCUUUACCAAAUAAUCGUUUAACAAUAGCAGAUUUAUUCGAUACACAAACGGUUAGUGGUAAACCAAAACUUGAUCGUUUACGUGAACAUCUUCUUGCUGAAGGACGUCUUCAAGAAGAUGCUGCUCUAAUGAUAAUUGAACGUGGUGAAGCUCUACUACGUGCAGAAAAUAAUUUAAUCGAUUUAGAAGCACCAAUAACUGUUUGUGGUGAUAUUCAUGGACAAUUUUAUGAUCUUAUGAAAUUAAUUGAAGUUGGUGGUCCACCAGCAACAACACGUUAUUUAUUUAUGGGUGAUUAUGUUGAUCGUGGUUAUUUUUCUAUUGAAUGUGUUUUAUACCUAUGGGCACUUAAAAUUCAUUAUCCAACAACAUUUUUUCUUCUUCGUGGUAAUCAUGAAUGUCGACAUUUAACUGAAUAUUUUACAUUUAAAACUGAAUGUAAAAUCAAAUAUACUGAACGUGUUUAUGAUGCUUGUAUGCGUGCAUUUGACUGUUUGCCAUUAGCUGCUCUUAUUGAUAAACAGUUUUUUUGUGUUCAUGGUGGUCUUUCACCCGAAAUUCAUACAUUAGAUGAUAUUAAAAAAUUAGAUCGUUUUAAAGAACCUCCACCAUAUGGUGCAAUGUGUGAUUUAUUAUGGAGUGAUCCAAUUGAAGAUUAUGGUCAUGAAAAAUCUUAUGAUGAAAAAUAUUUAUUUAAUGCAACACGUGGUUGUUCAUAUUUUUAUACAUUUAAAGCUGUUAAUGAUUUUCUUGCACGAAAUUCUUUAUUAACUGUUAUACGUGCACAUGAAGCACAAGAUGUUGGAUAUCGUAUGUAUCGUAAAUGUCCACAAAGUGGUUUUCCAUCGUUAAUGACAAUAUUUUCUGCACCUAAUUAUCUUGAUGUUUAUCAAAAUAAAGCAGCUAUACUUAAAUAUGAUACAAAUAUCGUUAAUAUAAGACAAUUUAAUUCAUCACCACAUCCAUAUUGGUUACCAAAUUUUAUGAAUGUUUUUACAUGGUCAUUACCAUUUGUUGGCGAAAAAGUAACUGAAAUGUUAAUUAAUAUAUUAAAUAUAUGUAGUGAAGAAGAGCUUAUAAAAAGCUUAUCAACUGAUCAACAAAAUGAUAAUGAUAAUACAUUUCGUCGUGAAGCUAUACGUUCAAAAAUACGCGCUGUGGGAAAAAUGGCUAAAGUUUAUGCAUCAUUACGUGAAGCUAGUGAAAAUGUUAUUAAUUUAAAAGGUCUAGCACCUGUAUCACCAUCAUCAUCAACAACAAGUCUUAAUGAACUUGUUGAUGAUGAAAAUGAUUUAACAGAACAUCGAAAAGUACCAACUGAUUUUUCAUUUUCAACAGCUAAGACAUUUGAUCAAAUAAAUGAACGUAUGCCACCAUGGACAGAUGCUGAACGACAACAACGUUUAGCAAAUAAAAAUCAAACAACAAUAACAACAACAGAUGAUGAUUCAAUUAUACAUAAUGUUGAUAGUGAAGAAGAACAAAUAGAAUUAACAAAUGAAAGAGAUUCAAAUACACAUACACCUAUUCUUGUUAUACAAAAAGAAGAUGAAAAAAUUGUUAAUGGAAUUGACGAUCUUCAACCAACAACAGUAACAUCUCAAUCUUCUUCAUCGCCUACUCCAAUAGUCGAAACCAAACCUGAUUUACCUUCAACAACUGUCAAACCUAACCCCGGUGAUAAUAAUGAUGAUCUUGAACAAAUUGAAAUAAAAUUAACUAAAAAUUCUGAUGAACAAUCAAUAACAACUACUCAAAAACCGUCUAUAAAUAAUAAAAAUUCGCCUAAUAAUAAUAAUAAUAAUAAUAAUCCGCAUUCAACAACAACAGCUAGUGGUUUUUCAUUAAAAAACCCUGUUAGUUCAUUUCGUUCAUGGGUAUCAAAUAAAAAAUCAUCAAAAGAAGAUUCAUCAUCAAUUGAACAAUCAACAAAUCCAACAUAUAAAAAAAUUGAUACGUCACCAACACCACGUAAAACUUCAAUUGAAUCGGAUGCAACUAAACGAAAUCGAACUAAUUCAGCAUCAGCUACAACAAGUCAUACUCAUGAUCAAGAUAUGCAAACAAAUCCAACAUCAUCAACAAAUUCACAACGUGUUAAAAAGAAAUCAUCGUUUUCAUUACGUAGUAAUAAUCCAAUAUCAUUACUUAAACGUACAUCUGAAACAACAAAUAAUACGAAUGAAAUUGAAUCAACUGAACAAGCAGGAGCAGGAACUGGUCCAUUUGGUUAUUUAAAAAAUCUUGUACGAGGCGAAAAGCAGUAG